GUGGUGUUGUGUUGUGUCCAUGUGAGAAUGGUUGGCUAGACAGAAAGCGGACGGAUCAUGAGCUCGUCUGGAGUGCCGCAGUUGCGAGUGCUGCGGCCGCUGGCAGGCAGUGCACGUGUGAAAGUUGAGCCACUGAUGAGUCACAGCCAGUUGGUUUGGUGGCUGGACAGGCUUCGGCCGCCGAAUCAUUUGGCGUUGGAAGCCAUCGGCCCCGCGGCGAUCUUCCGAGCGCUGAAAGCGUUGGCGAGCUCUGGACCACUUCGAGAACCUGCGCGGUUUGUUCCAGUGAACUUUGAGGUGAGCUCGCAGAGCUUUUCGCAGAGCUCCUCGCAGAUCUCCCAGAACUCAGAUGUGGGAGAUUCAGAUCAAGAAGGGCGAGGUCGAAGGAAGCGUGGCAUCCGCUUUCUGGUUGCACCUGCUUCAUCUACGGUCGAUCCUUGGAAGACUUGGAGUACAUUUCCGGCGCUGAGAUUAGCUGCCAAAAUGGACGUGGCCCGCUUUGCGCGAGCUUUGCUCUUUGAGCGGAAAAUGAGAAGCAGGCAAGGUUCCACAAAACCAUGCUGAAACUUGAAACGCUACCUUAAAAUGAUUGUGGUCAACAACUGGACCCCCCCAAGCAUUUCACCUCCAAAACAUAAACAUAGCGGUCUAUGUGCGGUGUUCUGGAAUCUCAUGGCCGAACAUGGAAUGAGGCAUGUGCCAGUCUUGCUGGAAGCCACUUUCUCCAAAAGGCAUGCCUAUGUGCUGUGCAAGGCCCUUGCCAAAGCUCAGCAUCUCACAAUGAUGCUUUCCAACCAGCCCAGCGCCAUCAGUUGUAUAGCGCGUGUGACCAAAAGGGAUGGUCCUGACACUGUGACCGAUGAGGCAGGCAAUACGCCUAUGAUCAUCCGUGUCAUGGUCUUCCAGCCUUUCUCCAUCAGUGGAGAAGCAGCUGAGAGGGAAGAGCAUGGGCAGAUGGUGCGAA